AUGGAUAGUCAGAGAUACACCGUCCUGGCAGGGUUACAGUAUAUAAUGGAUAGUCCGAGGAUACACCAGUCCUGGAAGGUUACAGUAUAAAUGGAUAGGUCAGAGAUACACCAGUCCUGGCGGGUUACAGUUAAAUGAUAGCAGAGAUACACCCAGUCCUGGAGGGUUACAGUCUUAAUGGAAAGUCAGCGAUACACCAGUCCUGGAGGGUUUUACAGUAAUAAUUGGACGUGAGAGAUACCCAGCUGGAGGGUUCCAGUAUAAAUGUCUAGUAAGAGAUACACCACGUCUAUGGAGGGUACCAAGUAAUAAUGGAAUAGUGAGAGGAACAACCAGGCGGAGGGGUUACAGUAUAUACUGGAUAGUCAGGAUACACCAGUCCUGGAGGGUUACAGAUAUCUGGAUAUCGAGAUACACCAGUCCUGGAGGGUUACAGUAUAUAAUAUAAGGAGAGUCAGAGAGAUCACACCAGGUCCUGGAGGGUUACCAGUAAUAAUGGAUGUCAGAGGCUACACCAGUCUGGGGUACCGUAUAUUACUGGAUAGUCAGAGAUUACACCAGUCCUGGAGGGUUACCGUAUAUAAUGGAUAGUCAGAGUAACCAGUUCCUGGAGGGUUCAGUAAUAGGCAGUCAAAGGUACAACCAGUCUGGAGGGUUGUGUUACAGUAUAUAAUGGAUAGUAAGAGAUACACAGUCCUGGAGGUUACAGUAUAUAAUGGAUGUCAGAGAUACACCAGUCCUGGAGGGUUACAGUAUAUAAUGGAUAGUCAGAGGUAA